AUCACCACCGCUGCUGCUACUGUUUUUGGGUUGCAGGCAAAAAUUUGUAUGUACAAAUAUGCAAAGCGGAACGUUAUCUUGUUGGGUGUUCCUCUUGCUGCUUUAUGGUAACCACAGCAUUGAGCUAUCCAGUGUCCGCCGGUUCCAAGGCCCCGCCCCCGACCAACCGUUGGAGAUCAGCUGGGGCACGAACGAGUCACACAUUGAAGUGCAACUGUCAUAUCCGACGCACGGCUGGCUGGCCAUGGGACUGUCACCCGACGGCGGCAUGGACCAAUCGGAUGUGCUGUUUGGAUACGUCGAUGAUUUGACUUUGGAAGUUAUUGUUCAAGACCGUUAUUUACAAACCAACCCGGCCCAAAUGGCGGUGAAUUUAAGUUUGGAUGCCCAACAAGACUGGCAGAAAAUCUCUGGAUACAAAAAUGGAACAUACACGAGUAUCCGAGCAGCGCGUUGGUUGAUAACGUGUGACGAGGCUGACCGGUCCUUUCGGGAUGUUGCGCAGUAUGUUAUAUACAGUCUACACAGCCAGCCGCUGACAAGUCCUACGUCGCUUGUGCCUUACCACACUUUCCGUGGUAUGGCCAGCAUUAAUUUUGUUGCACAAAGUAAAGCCGACGAGGGCGAUCGGCAAGCAGAUCAUGAAACAGCUACCAAGCUUCACAGCGAAGAGACCAAAAAGAUGCUCUUCAGCAUUGGAAAUGUCGUUGUGACGAACGAUACGGACUCGGUGUCCUGGUGCGCGCUACAUACGGUGCCGAAACUGGAGAAAAAGUAUCACGCUGUUGCAACCCAACCCGACAUCGACAAGCAAAAUGCCGAAAAUAUUCGCCAGAUACUGGUGUAUGCAUGUAAUGACAUUCCUCAGUAUGCGCCGGAAUUAAUCAAGGGCAAAUUUCGUUGCAAUCCCACGGAUGGUGUGUCGUUCAUUUUGAAGUACUGCCCCGUCAUAACGGUGGCAUGGGUCAUGGGCCAAGCGAGCAUCACUUCCUAUCCCAGAGUGACCGGUCAACCAUGGGAACCGGAAAUGUCGGGGAAGUACCUACUCUUACAGGUGCACUACAAUAAUCCCGAGCGCCGCUCGUUUGCGGAUGACUCCGGAAUAAUAUAUCACUUGAGCGAACAACUGCAACAAUACGACAUGGGCACACUGAUGGCCGGGGUGACUGGUAUGGAUUUUACUAUGACCUUGCCUCCAGGACAAAAAGCCUUCACGGUGCAAGCACAUUGCUCCAGUUUCUGUACCCAUGUGCUUCCUACAGACGGCAUUACAAUCUUCUCCAGUGUUUUUCACAUGCAUACACGAGGUUUGAGUGGCGUUAUACGGCACUUCCGAGGCUCCAGAGAACUGCCGAUCAUCGAUGCCGUUUCUAAUUAUGAUGUCAUUCUUCAAACUAUGCGACCUGUUACUCCGUUUAGGAAAUUUCUUCCGGGUGAUCGGCUCGUCGUGGAGUGCAAUUUUACCACGCAAAAGGACAUUCAACCAGUGUUUGGCGGAGAAAACUUUGCGGGAGAAACAUGCCAAGCGUUCAUCAACUAUUACCCCAAGUCCGCACUGCAGACUUGCGGAACGCAAUUCCGUGUACCGGGUUACUUGGCAAUACUGUCGCAACCACGAAAAAACCGUAAGAUCUUCCGGCCUAAACUAACGCCGGAAGUGGCUAGCAUCCUGCUGAUUGGAAGUAGUGAUUUACCUGCAGUACGUCGCUUCAUGGUCCAGCAACUACAACCACAAGUACAAAAGUACUUCAGCAGUCACAUGUGGAACGAUGAGGACGUCCGACUACUGCAAGAAUUCUACACGAAAAGUGGCAGCUAUCUGGGCAUUUGUGACGUGCAGGGAAAUAUGACGACGAUUCCCAACGACAACCCACCGGCGAUCGCGCAAUGGACUCCUAAAGAUAGCGAUUCGUGCCAAUGAAGAUACAACUGAAACACGUUAUACUACGCAAUCCGUCUAAAUCAGAGGGUUCGUGCUUCGAUAAUAAAA